CAUGACUCGUCAAAAAUCAAAUGUUUUAAUAUUAAAAAAAUUUUCGACAACUACUAAAGCAUCACACCAAAACAUUAAAAACAUAGAAAAAUUGUCAACCAAAAAUGUCAAGAAUUUUUUAAACUUUUUACAAAUGCAAGUUCGCACGCCAACUAGUUCUAGUUCAAUGAAUAAUCAACAAAAUAAGCCACAACAACUGCGAAUUUGGAUAUUUCCAAGUUUAAUGUAAAAAUCACAAGUUUUUCUACUCAACUGUAACAAAAAAUUGACCUUCCGACAAUUAGCCAAAUAUGCAUGCCUGCCACCAUUUCUGGGAGCAUAGCUGUCGCCGCAAAAGUUUUGCCACAAAGCGGCGCGGUCUUACCCUUUUCGUAAAUUUUCACGCUUCUUCUGUCACCGUUAAGGCGCUUACAACAUUGACAACCGUGUGUGCAAGCCGAAAAUAGUAAUUAGAAUUUCUGUAGCGUUGUGUUUGUUCGAUUAAGCCGAGCGUGCCAGCAAAGUAGGUGGCAUAAAAGCGUAAGCGCAUGCGUAUUGCAUAACAUCAAACAGAAAAUAGUACAUCAUAAAUCAAGCUGAACAGCAACGAUGCGCCUACUUCAGCGAGCAAGUGUGCGGGCUUCAGUUUUGACGCGUAAGCAAUGAAUUCGGAGCAUUGGAGAUUCCUUGUGUAGCGCUUAAGGUGACAUUCUGAUUUGCUGACACACUCGACGAACACCUCGCACGCAUAACUGGGUUAAAGACAAUGCAUUUCUUCACGAUCACGCCGCGCAUGUCUAUAGACGGCGAGUAAUGUGAAUAACAGCAUGAUCAUUGCUACAACAGCUCUGGUAUGGUUGUUGUCAGCGAUCGUGUGUGUUCGACAUCCCCUGGCGCGGAGAUUCGCCUGUGUGCUAACAGUAUCGCGCAGUUGCCGGCCGGUAUAUGACUCGGCUGCUGCUUUGAUAGACAUGAUACAACAUAACGAUGAAGAUCAAUCGCUUGAUUAUUGACGAUCGGUAGUGUGAUAUGCCGACUGUUAGUAAACAAUUGUUUUUUUGCUUUGCUUACGUGCUAACAAAGUUUCAAAUAUAUGGUAUGUUUGUGUGCAGUUGUGUUUUAGAGUGAUUUUCUAAAAAUCGAUUGAAAUUGAAUUCCAUACGAAUUUGUGUAUUGACACGUUGAAAAUGCCCAAAAUAGUUUGUACUUACGAGUAUUGGCCUGUAACAAGCGAUCGCACUGUGACACUGCGAAUCGGCCGUGCGUUUUAUUACAAGCUCAUCGCGUUGCAUAGCAUAUAAAACAGCGCCUGCCCAAACAUUCGAAGUUCACUCAGCUGUGGCCAGCAAUACAAAUAGGUAACACAUCGGUCAACGAUUGUGAACGCGUACACUUUCGAAAACGAAAACAAUUAUUGUUUGUUUAGCCGCGAUAAAGGAUAACCACCACGAUGAGAACGAUAUUUGUGCUGUUGCUGUGUGUUGGCACAGCUUUCACGGCCACUCAUGUUAAUAUCUCGAUUGCUCAGCACCCGGCCACGAACCCGGCUGACGUCACCUAUUUGGAGGGUACCGCACCGGAGGAAUUAAAAGCAGGUCCAGCUAAGAAGCCAAAUGGAGAGGAACGUUUCGCCAGAUUACGUGCGGCAGAUGAAAACGAUAAGGCAGAAAAAGUUGAGGUGAAAAGUGAGCAAAAACAAGAGCAGGGUUCGAGUUCCGUUGGUAAUUCGAAACCCGCCCAACAAGCUCAACAGAGUACAGAACAAUCGAAUGGCUUUAGACCACAACAACAACAACGAUUUUAUGGGCGCAUACGGCAACAGAAUCGGCAGAGCCAAUUUCGUCAAGCCAAUGCGCAGGAUAAACAGAAUCAGGAGUUCGAGCGUUAUAUACAAAACUAUCACAGUGGACCGACAGUAGAAACGGUAUUCGAAACAGCCGAUCAUUCGCCAUCUGGACGUUAUGAGUAUUCAUCGUCCUCCUCGUCAUCGGCUGGACCUGCGCGACUUGUCGCUAUCGAUGCGAAACCUUCACAGCAGCACACCUUUGAAAGGCAAGUUGCACUUCCCGCUGCUGUAGCCACAUCAGCAUCAGCCGCAGCAUCUGUGGAUGAACAAUCGAAAUCAGCGCCCGACGCAAAGAUCCAAAUAUCCCCCGCACCAGUAGCAGCACAACCAGCGGUAGCCGCUCCUGUAGCUGUACAUGCAUCAGCACCAGCUGUUUCUGGAGCAGCUGUUGUGCCAACUGGGCCUUCAAAGGCAGUUACUACCGUACACAGUGGUAGUAGUGAUGGUGGCAAAAUACAUCUGGGAGGUACUUUUGGUAAUAGUUUUGGCGGUGCUGGCAGCGGUUCUCCUGGCGUGACAUUUAGAGUUGCUGGUGGCGGUGGAUACAGUCCGCCAAAUUACGACCAAGUUCCCAGUUAUGCUAAGCCUGAUUAUGGACAACCCAGUUUUGGUUAUGAUCAUGGAGAUGCCGGUGGUUUUCUAAACGAAUAUCCACCAUCUGUAGAUGAGCCCGCAGGUGGUUAUGAUGGCUUUUAUGGCAACCAAGAACAUGACUAUCAUUCGAAUGGCGGUUACUUGCCUGUAAAUCCAAAUGUGUAUCAACGACCUGUAGUCACCAAAACUAUACAAAUUGCCCAACCAGCACUGAAAGCUAAAAAAUUCGAAGUACGACAUCCAGCUAUCCAAAAGGAAUUUUACGAUAUCGAAGAACGAGUUGUGAUUAAACCGGCUGGUACGAUAGUUGUUGAGCUGGAGCAUCCUGUUGCGAAAAUUCCGAAAGGUGAAACGGUGCUACCCCUCGGACAUCCUCAUCCUGCCAUUGCUGCUCAAUAUAAUAUCAAUAGUGAUGCAGACAUUGAGACUGAAUCAUCCAGCGCUGGUUCUUAUAACAACGGCGUGCGCUCAAACUCGAAUCAAGUCUAUGCAAGUGCUGCUAGAAAAAAUCCCGCCCCUGUUAUUAGUGGAACAAAUAUUGCAUCAACAGUCACCGCUACACCAACGAAUAAUCCAAAUGCCAAACGCGAUUUUGUGGAAGCCAAUUUACGAAAACAAUAUGGUGAGGAGGCAAAACUCAUAGCUCCUACUGAUUCUGCGCUCGGAGAGCAAAAUUCACGGGGUAGAAACUUUUACAUACCUGCUGAAAGUCAUGACAGUCAGCGUCAAGUACCUAACAGGAAUUUCUCGCCAAACACAUUUAGACGAGAAGAAAGCAACUAUCAACGUCCAGCACGUGUUGAAGCUCAGCAAAACGGGCAAGUAUACCAACCAAGGUAUUCUAAAAACGAAGAACAAUCAUUGAAAAAUACAUCACCCGAUGUACCAAAUGACUUUAACAACGAUGACGAUGAAUAUAAGGGUGAGUACAUCACAGGUAAUUUCUACAGUGCUAGCAAAGACCCCAAACCUGCGCGUUUACAAGAGGAACCGGCAAAAAGUGAACGUAUUACAGCAGAGCCUCAGACACGUAUCAUCAAGCAUGAGCACACAAUUAAUUUACCACCCUCUCAGCAUAAUAUUUACCUAGCGCCUAGUCGGUUUGAGGAACGUCAAGUACUUGUACAGGCACAACGUAAGCAAGCACCAUCAGCUAAACAGCAACCUGCGCACUUAGAAGAAGAACCCGCACGCGUGAGUGAGGUUAAAUCGUUCUUGAAUCGCCAGCGUGACGGUGUAGUUGUAUAUGCCGUUCCCGCGCGUCGCCCAGUGCCCGCACAGCAGCGUUAUACACAGAAUGAACGUCGGCAACCGCAAUACGUUGCACCGCAGCGCACUUACGAACAAUUACGUUACGAUCCCGAUGCCGAUGUCGAUUCAGCAGCAGUAGAAUAUAGUGCUCCUUACUCACAUAUGCGAUACGAUCCAAAUGAAUCUGCACGUCUUACCGCAGAUGUGGAAUAUCAGCGCGGUUCUAACGAGAAAGUGCCUCAAAGAACCAUCACAGUACACUAUAAUCGUGGCCCCGAGUCUAAUGCACGCCUCACCGCACAAAAUAAGUCAGAAUCUGAUUCAAAGGAGCCUGCAAAAAUAGCGGAAAGCAAUGAGGACGUGAGGCCGAAAACCGAGGACAUACGCCCACUUGCACAUAUUCAAUUACAAGUGCCAUAUGGCCCGCAAGAAGCCGAUGAGCCCAUUAGAGUUAUGUCUUCAAUUAACCCGCCUAAGGAACGUAGUCGCACUGCCAAAGUUAGUCAGCCCGAAGCUAAAAAAGCCGUUGAUGAACAAGUGGAGGAUGUAAAUGCGGAAUCGGCUCCUGAACCAAGUGCUAAACAAGAAGAAGACGUUUUGCGUUCGGAAAAUAUCGAGGCACAACCCGACUGUGCUCAGAAUACCGAGAAAGUAAGCGCACGUUAUGAAAACCCACAACCAAGUGACAACGAAAACGUGCAGUAUGUUGCAGAACCUCAAAACCGAGUACAAAUUAAAUCGCAACGCCUGAUAGACACUAGUAACUCAAAUGCUAACAGCAAGGAAAAUGUCAAAUCGGCACCCUCCGACGCGGAAAGUAUUGACACAAAUGGAAAAGAUGCAAGUUCUCAAGCAACGCCCCCGGGCUCACGUGUAAUUGCCGCAAAUCCAGCGCCUAAUGAUGCCUCCGCAACAAGUGAAAGCUUCCACAAACGUCGCAUUGUGGUAAACCAUCCUUUCCAAACUGUGCGCGAAGUCGUCGAACAUGAGCCCAUUACAAACUAUCAUCAAAUACAGGUGCAUGAACGCGCCUCACCAACCUCCGCCUACAAUAAGGCGCCCUACUUUGCACCCAAUGGGCAACUGCGCCAAUUCGAGAUGGUGCGUGUCCCAGUUAUGUACCAUCAGCCAAGCGGCGUCACGCACGGCAAUUUAGUUUACGCCUUGCCUGAUGCUAUUCCCGUGCACGAAGACAACGGCGAAGUGGAGCCGAGCUAUCAGCAAAGACGACAGCGUGUACGCGCUUAAACCCCUUGCUUAUUUAUCAGCAAAUAUGAUGUGGCUAAUUGUUGUUGUUAUUGCAGUGCUUGUUGUUGCCAUUAAUUAAGGACACUAUGCUUACAAACAUAUACUUAAUCAAAUUUGAAUUCUCGUAUUUUAUAUUAGAUAUAUGAUAUAGUCUUAACCGAUUCCACUAAGGUUGAAGGGUUAACUUAAAGCUUACACUAAUGAUUGCCAGACAGCGUAUAUACGCUGUCCUUAAUUUAAGUUUCUAAACUCCAUGUAUAAGUUGUCGAAUAAACAUUCAAAUACGAAU